AUGAAUUGUAUUCUACUUUUUAAUUAUCUUCUUAUUUUACUUACCACAACACUUUUAUCAGUUGGUCUUAUCACGCCAUAUUGGCUGGUUUAUGAUGAUCAUUUUUAUGGUAUAACCGAGUAUUGUAUACGACUAUACCGAAUUGGAAAUACUGAUAGAUAUUCAAAUUUAACAAAAUCAUCAAUUGAAGCACAUUUAUGUUCAAACAAUAUUGUUAAAUGGUAUAAAAAUGAUUCACAAUCAAUUUUGCCUGAUUAUAAAAAAGUAUUGAUUGGUGUUUGUAUUGCAUCUGUAUUUAUAUCUGUUGUUGCCUUAAUUUUAACACAUAUUACUGUCUCAUUUCGCGACUUAAAAUUAUCAAAACGUGUUGCCGAAUUUUUACUUGGCUCAUCCAUUUUAACAGUUGUUCUUGCGUUAGUGGUCGUCGGUCUAUUUCUUGGAUUUGAAAAAUUGCAAUUAAUUAGUAAUUAUGGUUACUCGUUUUGGGUUUAUGUAGCUGGUUCAGGAACGAUGUUUAUUUGUUGCAUUCUCUCUGGAAUCUAUCGAAUUGAUGUUGAAUUUGAAUUUCGAAGAUAUCGUCAAGAUUCUGUGGCAACAUUAUGUUAA